AUGUCGACGAGCGCGACCCUGCCGGCAGGAUACUUUAUUACAUCGAUCAAUGGAAAACGGUGUACGGCUGUUCCACGCACCCUGACUACCAUUCCAGGAAGCGCUGCAACAAGUACAUCCGUAGGAGCUGCCUCUGUAACGACAAAUACAUUAUCUUCAUCAUCAACUUCAAUAAUAACGGAAGCGAUAGCACCGAGUGCUCAGGUUCAAGGUGCGGCAUUUAACUCAGGAGACUCGGUCACUUCUACGGGAGCAGCAACGUCUACAACCAGUAUCCCUCAGACUAUCCCAAUAAUAUCAAGCAAUUCUCAGGCUUCUCCAAUAGCAACAAGUGGUUCUGCCGUAGCUCUCAGCAUUUCAACAUCUGAGGCUUCCCCUAAUCCUUCGACGACUGAAGUUCCUUCCAAUCCCUCGAUAGCCGUACCUGUCUCAACAGGGACGGCCGAGACCAGCGCUUCUGCCACCUCCGCGCCUAUUGCUGAAAGCGAAAUAAGUUACCCAUCAGUAACUACGUCUAAUGACCCGAACGAUUUCCCAACUGGUACCGGGCCAACUAGUUUCCCUCCUCCUACUGCCGCUUCGAAUCCUACCCACCCCACACAAGUAUCGGCUUCUGCCGGCAUAUCAUCAAAUCUGCGAGUUGCUCCUGGCCCUGUUGUAGGUGGAGUUGUUGGCGGUAUUGCUCUUAUUGGAAUUAUUGCGUUCCUCUUCUGGUAUUUGAGGAGGCGGCGGAGAGAUCAAAGGGAUUCAUUGCUCACUCCCUUGGACGCUGGGAGAGGGACGAGUUCUUCUGAGGUUGGUAAUGGGUCAGUAGGUCUGACAAAGCUCGGCAUCAGAGUUGGGGCACAAUUCAAACAUCAGAUAGGCAGAGUGAGAGGUGCCGCUGUAUGGUUAGGAGCGUCCCUCAAGUCUGUAGUAGUGGGCGCUCGAAGCGAUAUUCCAAGUGUCAACCUGGACAGAGGCAACUCUCAAUUCUUCGACGGGCCUAUACCCCAACAUAGCCGGAAUCAAUCGCUUCUGUCAAACAACUGUGGGCAACGUACGACUAACGAUCGGUUGAACGACCUCUGGGAGCGGCUCCGAGAAAAGAUCAGCUUCAGUUGGCUUUUGAGGAGACAGAAGAGAGAGCCUCCUGUGGAUCCAUUUGCUACCGCACGCGGAUUGACUGAAAAGCAAGCCAAUAUUAGUGGCACACCCGACUUCUCCAAACUCCUCAAUAUGGACGAUCGUGGUGUGCAAUUCCCAUCCGAACGUCGGAGUGCUUCCCUACCGGCAGGCAAUGAUCUGGGAUCAUCUGUCCCGAAUGUCGGGAGCUUGGAAGUUAACUUCGAGACCAACAAUCCCUUUGCCGACCCGGUCCUGGCAGCUCCUCCGGCAGCUCAAGAUAAGCCAUGGGCUUCACCCGCCACUGACGUCGGACCAAACAUCGUCAAUCCAUUCGCAGACCCUAUAACCCAGCCUCAACCAUCCAUCCAGAAAACAAACACAUAUAUGGCGAAUACUCGCCGGUCACGCGGCCAAUCCAUCGACACGGCAAAUAAUCACAGCACCACGUACUCCCAACUCAGAAGUAGUGGACUCAGCUCUCGUUAUUCAUCGGGAAUCGCCCUGAGUCGGGAUAGCCGCCUACGAGACACCCUCUCGUCAUCCUUCUCAGUCAACGCACGGAGCGGAAAAGGGCGGUCCGAUCCCUUCGAUUUAGAGCGCCCUGAACUACGGUACCCUACGAACCAGAACACCAUCGGCACAUCCAACCGGGCCUUGAGCCGCGAUGGCACAUUUCUCUAUCCCGAUCCCCUACGCAUGAGUUCCCCGCACGCAAGUUGCGUAGCCACCGGCGGCCACACAGACAGCCAGGGCACGCAGCCGCGCAUCACCAGCAACGAGCCCUUCGCGAGCAAGUACCCGAGCGGCGUGUCGAGCGUUGGGACCGCGUCGAGAUUGAGUUUCGGAUCGAGUAUUGUGUCGAGCCUCGCGGGGUGGGGCGAUCCGGGACCAGACCUGGGGUCGAGGAGGGAAGGCCGGGGAUACGACUGGUAA